CUAAUAGUUAUUGUAUUACUGGCUACUGAGGGUGAAAGAUCACUACAAAAUGAAAAGCAUGACAUAAGAGAUGACUAUAGUUUCUUUGUUUUUCACCAACUCUGACCAAGAAAUCUUCAAACACUAGUAAAACUAUACAGUGAAACAGGGCGGUUAUUGUGUAAUCUCAACAUCGAUAUUUCGAGUUCGAAAAUGGAUUCUGAUCAUCAAAUUCACAUCUUCUUCUUCCCGUUCAUAGCUUAUGGUCAUAUGAUACCAACUAUAGAUAUAGCUAAACUGUUUGCUGCCCGAGGUAUUAAGACCACAAUUAUCCUAACUCCUCUUAAUGCUUCUUUCUUCUCCAAAUCUAUACAUCGCGAGAGAUCACUUGGAUUGGAUAUUCAUAUUCAAGUGAUCAAAUUCCCUGCUGUAGAAGCUGGAUUACCUGAAGGAUUUGAAAGUGUCAAUGACUUGACUUCGCUUGAUAUGGUUCCUAAUCUCUCCCAGGCAAUCAAGAUGCUGCAAGAAGCCUUGGAGCGUUUAAUUGAAGAGCACAAGCCAGAUUUCAUUUUUGCGGAUGUGCUUCUACCGUUUGCCACAGAAGCAGCAAGCAAGUAUGGCGUUCCUCGGUUCGUCUUUCAUGGAACAAGUUUUUUCUCUCAGUGCGUUGACCAGAGCUUAAUAUGUCAUAGACCUCAUGAGGGGAUAAUUUCAGAUAGGGAAGCCUUUGUGGUGCCCGGUCUCCCGGACAAGAUAGAGAUGACCAGGUUACAGUUGCACGACAAAUUUAAGGAUGAAGAUGCGUCUCCUACUGUGGCUAGGGAGCAAAUAAGAGAGGCAGAGGAAAAAUGUUAUGGGAUUUUGGUGAACAGCUUCUUCGAGUUGGAGCCAGCCUACGCAAUUCAUUACGAAAAGGUUAUGGAGAAAAGAGUAUGGUCUAUUGGGCCUGUUUCCCUGAGAAACAAGGAUAAUUUAGAUAAAGUUCAAAGGGGGAUGGAAACAGCAAUUGAUGAACAUUUAAUUUUGAACUGGCUUGACAGCAAGAAACCACAAUCGGUUCUUCACAUUUGCUUUGGAAGCCUCUCCAGGUUCAGCAAGGCUCAGUUGCUUGAAAUAGCAGCGGGUCUCGAGGACUCCGGGACCUCUUUCAUUUGGGUGGUAAGAACAAUCAAGAAAGAAGAGGAAGAAGAGAGUUGGUUACCUACAGGUUUCGAAGAGAGAAUGGAGGUCAAGGGUCUAAUAAUUAGAGAUUGGGCACCACAGGUGCUGAUACUAGAUCAUCCAGCAGUUGGAGGUUUCAUGACUCAUUGUGGGUGGAACUCAAUACUUGAAGGUUUGAGUGCAGGGGUCCCAAUGAUCACUUGGCCUAUUUUUGCAGAGCAGUUUCACAACGAAAUUUUUGUCACUCAGGUGCUGAAGAUAGGAAUUCGAGUUGGGGUUGAGAAGUGGAAUUCCUGGAUAGAACCAGAAGAUGUAGAGGCCAGGAAGGAGGAGAUAGCGAAUGUGGUCAGCCGGCUGAUGGGUGAUGGAGAAGAAGGACAAAACAUGAGAACAAGAGCCAAAGAGCUCAGUAAAAUGGCUAGGAAAACUGUGAAAGAAGGCGGCUCAUCUUAUGAAAAUUUGACUGCUUUGAUUAAUGAGCUCAAGAUGGUUAAUAAGUCUGAUUUAACCAGGCAGUAAUUACUGUCCGAAACUUCAACUGAAUUCCAACUUAAAU